UUACAGUUGUUUUUCUUAGAUAUUACUAUUCUACCAGGCCUACAUGUCCGCUUAUAAAUUAUGCGCAAAAUAUGGUAACGCCUUUUUCACUUCCCCUACUCAUUGUUAUUUGAAUAGUGAGUGUUUGUGUGGAGAACAAUAAACGGCAUGUUGCUAUGCCAGUGAGAAAGGGAAACGUCGGCCUAUGAGCGCGGUCAAGUGCAACAACAACGAGAAAAAUGUCCUGACACCUGUUAUAGAACUAAUACAUUUGAAGUGAAUGAAAAGGCAUGGACCUAAGUAAAAUAAACAAUUCGUUUGUUGGGACUUGAUUGACGCAGAAGAAUAGCCGAUUUAAUUAUGGCAAGUCCGGAGAGAAAUAAGAAGAUUCUGCUUGAAAUGGUGAAACAGCCCAGCAACGACCAUUGUGCCGACUGUGGGGCCCCUGAGCCAGACUGGGCCUCAUACAAACUUGGUGUGUUUGUAUGUGUGAACUGUUCGGGGACACAUCGGGACUUGCCUGCCAUCAGCCGGAUAAAGUCCAUACGUUUGGAUUUCUGGGAUGAUUCCUUAGUAGAGUUUAUGAAGACAAGGGGUAACGCUGCAGCCAAUGCAUUCUAUGAGAAGUGUGUUCCGCCCUUCUACUACCGGCCACAGGAGAAGGACUGUGUUGUUCUUAAAGAUCAGUGGAUACGUGCUAAGUAUGAGAGGAGAGAAUUCACAGGAGAGAGUAGCUCCCUUCAGCAAGGUUAUAGUUCAGGACUUUACGAAGGAAUUCUAUGGAAGAAAGGCAAGGACAACAAGCAGUUCCUGAAAAGGAGAUUCCUGCUCUCUGAAACAGACUUCACCUUGAGAUACUUCACCAAGGAGGAUUCCAAGAAGCCCAAAGCAGUCAUCUCUAUGAAGGACCUCAAUGCUGUGUUCCAGCCGGAAAAGAUAGGCCACGCCCACGGGCUGCAAAUCUCCUACCUGGAGGAAGAACGGACCAGAAACCUGUUUGUUUACCAUGACAACAGCCAGGAAAUUGUGUCCUGUUUCAAUGCGAUUCGGGCCACCCGGUUUGCUUACCUCAAGAAAGUCAACCCUAAUGCCAGGGACAGUGACCUCGUACCUUUGAUAACCAGAAGUAGCAUUAAAGAAGGCUACAUGGAGAAAACCGGCCCAACGCAAUGGGAGCCAUUCAAGAAGAGAUGGUUCAUCUUAAACUUAACGGACAGAAAGCUGUCCUACUUCAAAUCUUCACUGGAUGCCUUGGAAUUGGGAGCUGUCUUCAUCGGCACAGAGGGCCAUGGCUACUCUGUGAGGGAGGGCCAGCCUAAGGGGAGCCGCAGUGGCAGGUGGAGGUUCGGGGUCACCUUGGAGACGCCAGACAGGCAGUUUGUCUUCCUGUGUGACCAGGAGCAGGACCAGAGGGAGUGGAUAGAAGCCUUCAAACUAGUAAUCUCCCAGCCUAUGCUACCGCAGCACUACAACACUGAGGCAAACAUGAGAAGGAUGAAAAAAUGAAUGGUGUAAAAACCCGAGGGAAGGAAAACACGAUUUACAGGAAGAAAUGGCAAUGUGUGAGGCUGGCUGCCUGUUUCAGAGAGCCUACCAGUGGCAGGGUGGAGGCUUCUCACAAGAGAUGAUCAGGGAACUCUUCAAUGGAGUCAUGUUUAUCGGAAAGGAGAGGCUAAAUGAACUCAGGCUAAGGAGGCUAAACGAACUGAAGAGCUGCCAAUGUGGACCAGCACUGGUAACCAUUGCAAAUCACCAUUAUCCAGGGCACCUUGCAAACCAAUGACAGGACUGCAUAUUAUGAGAUGGGAACUGAUGGCAUUGUCAGGGAUAUUGGGAAUGUAAUAUAUACUUUCUAUGAACUAAUGUGUAUAUACACUGAAUGUAUGAAACAUUAAGGACACCUGCUCUUUCCAUGACAUAGACUGACCAGGUGAAAGCUAUGAUCCCUUAUUGAUGUCACUUGUUAAAUCCACUUCAAUCAGUGUCGAUGAAGGGGAGGAGACAAGUUAAAUAAGGAUUUGUCAGCCAAUGGAGACAUGGAUUGUGUAUGUGUGCCACUCAGACGGUGAAUGGGUAAGACAAUUGAAGACUAUUGAAGUGCCUUUGAGCAGGAUAUGGUAGUAGGUGCCAGGCGCACCGGUUUGUGUCAAGAACUGCAACGCUGCUGGGUUUUUCAUGCUCAAUAGUUUUACGUGUGUGUCAAGAAUGGUCCACCACCCAAAGGACAUCCAGCCAACUUAACACAACUGUGGGAAGCAUUGGAGUCAACAUGGGCCAUAUUGGGCCUGCAUCCCUGACACCUUGUAGAGGCCAAGACCUGAUGAAUUGAGACUGUUCUGAGAGGUGUUCCUAAUAUUUUGUACAGUCAUUGUAAAUAGAAAGCGAGAGAGUGCGAUACAAUACUUUAAUGGAGCUACUAGAGUUCGUUUUUUGUUAUUUUAUAAUACAGUGUUUUAUUAUCUUUGUGUUGAUUGCAGCCUACUGUUAUUUAAAUUAUUUUGCAUGUCCUGUCUGUCAUUGUUACAUAUGCCAAUAGCACACACCAGGAAAAGUGAGUUAAACAUUAUUUAUGUCCAUAUAGAGUACCCCUUGUGGUUCAAGAGGCAAAAUAUUCUUUAAGUUGUUGUUAUACCUGUGACACUGUGAUAACUACAGUAGCCAUUACUUUCUUUACGACAAUGUAUACAUGUACAAAGAGGCUGUUGUGGAAAUUCUUACACAGGGACACUCAAAGUCAGUCUUAAUAUGAGUCAUUGUUUAUUGUCAGCGUGCUGGAGAGGUUCCAACCAACUCAAUGCACCAUAGUACACAUGUCAAUCAGGAGCUCUGCUUGGGCAGUCCCAGCGGUUAUCUUAUAUACGGCUAUACACACAUAACAUAAUUCAUUAAUCAUUACCGUUUCAUUCAUGUGACAGACCAAUACCUCACGAGAUACUGUUCUCAAAAUAAGGUCUGGGCAUACUGCCAAAUUGCAGCUACCGAUAGUGAGGAUUUGUUCAGUCAGCCACUUGUAUGAACACAGAAAUUGGUUUAUAGAACAGCACAUGAAUAGAACACAGAAAUGACUUAUAAAAAAAGCACUAACAUUAAAAUUGCCAUUACAAAGGCAGUCCCCACCUUUGCCAGGAUGUUAAGGAUGUUGCUCUGGGUGGCCAUUCCACAAGAGCAACAGAACAGCCACCAACUCCCUGAGACAAAUCAAAUGCUCCUUUCGACCUGCAUCCUGUGGUGCCUCACAGAGACUGGAGAACAGCCAGCAACACUGCCCCCACACCACUCUCCACCACUUCUCUCCCAGUUCCCGGCCCAGCCUCUGCAUACAGGGACUAAUGGGACGACUGCCAAAUGCUCCGUUUGUUCAGCUCACGCUGUUGCCUGGGGCCUUGGCAAAGUCUCAGCUCACUCAACAAAUAGCUGCAGAUGACCAAUGAAAAUGGCCUGUUAGCUCUUAUGGGACGAGGCUGAUUACGCCCUCGAACUUUAAAUCUCGUAGGGGGCUUGGGCUAAUGCGCCUAAAUGUGCGAAAUAUGAUUUAAAAAAUGGACACACUUGACAUUUGAGUACAAGACUAGUGACAUUCUGGUUCUCUCUGAAACAUGGUAACAUGGUUCUGUCUCUGAUAAAGACAUUGAAGUAAAUUAUUAUAAUGUAUUUUGAUGUGAAAGAUUACAAAAGGGGGAGUGGCCAUAUAUGUCAAAUAUAACUCAAGGUGUCAUAAGAAAAAAUGUUCCCCCCUCCCCAACAUAAAAAAUAUUUUCACUUGACCCA